AUGACCAAUCAGUCCAGCUGGAAAGGCACCAUGCGGAAAGGAAACAUCCGCGCUCCGUCGUCAACCUUCAGGCCGCUAAUCUCACCGAGCGCACGCCACGCUCCCCCCCGGCAGACCCCCCUCGACCUUCGACCUUCUGCGCGGGGUGCCUACAGGGGCCCAUUAGCAGCUGAGGGCCGGAGGGUAUGCCCCGUUUUGGCUGCGUCAGGAUCCGGGGACAUGCCUUCUGUGUUAGCCUGCGGGAUAGAGUGA